AUGAGCUCAUCGGAAGAUUCCAAUCUGCGUGGUGGAGGUGGUGGCUGCUGCAGCAGUGGCAGCAACCAAAAUGUCACCCAGGCUGGACAGCAUUCGUCCACACCAUUCGGCCGCCAUUAUCAGAAAAUGAAAAAGAGCUACAGUUGCGACAGUGAUUGUGCCCGUCGCAUCAUGACAAUGCGCCAGCAUCUGCAACAUCAGCAACAGACCUUCAAUGAAUCGUGCUGCUGCUGUUCCUCGUGCUGUUGUUGUUCGACAACGAGUAUUGCUCCCGCCUCGACCGCAACCACGGCAACAUUUACCACAACAAAUACACAGCCAACAACAGCUGCUGCUGCAGCCGCUGCGGCUGCUUCAAGUAGUUCAAGUUCAGCUAAAGCGGCACGUCCCAUCUGGGCUGUCGACUAUUUACG